ACAGGGUGUGGAGUAACCCGGCUUCCUCCGUCAUAUCGUCACGCUCCCAAAACACUGACCGGAGUUUUUGAUUUUUCUGACAGGACAAAAAGAUUGAAAACGAUGAUUUAGGCAAAAAUAAAACUUUCGUUAAAAAUGACCGUUAUUUUAAGAAGGUGACGACACGCCGGUAUUUCCCGCAUUACAGCAGAUUUAUUCACUCCGCUCUCCCCCCUGAGCCUGGGUCAUCGAUAAGAUCAAUAAUCGAUCGGAACAACUGGGAGCCGGCUGAGCUGGAGCAUGCCGGGACAUGUUCGGGGCAGGCGUGGGGAAACUGUGUGUAUCAUGGGAUCAUGAGUCAGCCUCGCUCUAAAUAGACUCGGUUUCGCUUCUGCUCUCAGACAGCCUGACUGCAGAGGCAGGUAAGAGCCGCUCCGACACCCCACACUCACCUGGCAGUUUCUCUUCUGGUCCCCUUUUGGAUGAAGAUCCAGUUAUAAUGCAGAACCACAACACUGAGCAGACCUCCACAGAGACCACCAGGGCCCAGAAACUGGUUCUUCCCCAGGUCAGAUACCAUCCCUCCAUCCAGACUCCAGUAGGCAGCCCUGGACCCAAAACCACCAAAAAAAACAGAGCUGGUGGUGCAAACAUCCCUCAUCCUGGGACUGACUCCCAGGCAGAGAACAACCAAAGUGCUGCAGCUGUGAAAGCUCCUCCUGGAGGUGGACACAAACAGGGACGGAAACCUGUAAAGGAAACAGCAGCUACUGAUGCAGGUCCCGCCCCAAAGCCUCCCACACUGGAGCAGGUGCCCCUAGAUGUCGGCGUCUGCCUGGACCGGUGUGUGGUGGAAGAGGUAGAGGUCCUGACCCGUGGACAGAGAAACAACCCGGACUGGUUUGCCUGGCGAAAGAACCGGAUCACGGCCUCUGUAGCACACAGCAUUGCUCACUCCCGCUUCGUUAACGGCAAGAGCAAAACCCCACCCUCCUCCUACCUGGCUGCUGUCACAGGUGAGGGGCCCAGAGUUCAGACCAGAGCCAUGAGCUGGGGGGUCCACAAGGAGGCCGAGGUGGUCCGCAGGUACCAGAAGCUGAAGACCUUGGCGUUGGGCCGGCAGGUGUCCGUUCAGGACUGCGGCCUGUUCAUCGACCCCCAGCGGCCCUGGUUGGCUGCCAGUCCCGAUGGCAUCGUGACGGACAGACGGACCGGCCGCUGGCUGCUCUGCCUGGAGGUGAAGUGUCCCUACAAGCACAGACACAGACUGGUGGAGGACGCCUGUAGGGAAGACCCCGCCUUCUGUCUGCAAAUACAUGAGGAGGAUGGACAGGAGCCUGGUGGGGCUCCGGUCUACCGUCUGAAGACGUCUCACAGUUACUACACACAGAUCCAGUGUCAGCUGGCAGUGACAGGCCUGCAGCAGGCCGACCUCGUCGUCUUUACCCUGAAGGAGACGGCCGUGGUCCGAGUGACCUUUGACCCCGAGCUGUGGGAGCAGACGGUGUCCAAAUUGGAGGUGUUUUACAGGGAUGCUGUCCUGCCUCACGUCAGGCAGAAGGUGCAGCAGCAUGCAGCAGCAGCUGGGACGCCUGAGCUGUAGAGAUGAACGCAAACCUCCUAAAGUCUGUCCUGAAGGAACCGGCUCUAAACAAAGGGCCAGAUGUGGGAAACUUCCUGGAAGUUCUGGUGGGAAGAGCUUUGCUCCGCAUUUAGGGUUAGGGUAAAGUGUGUGCACGCUGACAUGCAGCAGAACUCGAUGCUCUGAUGAAAAUUUGUUUUAUUUUAUUAUGCUCAAAAUGAAGCCACACACUACUGUAUCAAGUUCCUGAGGAGACUGUUGAUGUGAUUUGGUGCUGUAUAAAAAAAUGAAUUGAACUGAGACAUCAGAAACAUCUGUCCAUGUGUGAGCCGCACUGAAACCUUUGUUAGAGGAAACAUGUUUAAAAAGGAUCAACGUGAAGACAUCGCUGACCAGGCUCUGAGUCUCCUGCAGUUUGUAUUUAUUAAAGAAUAAAACAGCAGGACAGUGUAACUCUCAUUGUCAGUGACGCAACCUGAUGCAAAACCAACAAACAUCCCAUUAUGCACAUUUCUGGGCCCAAUAAACAUGAUUUCUGUUUGUUCUCGCUUGCAAACAUCUCAAAAUGAUCACUGUGUGCAGGUCCCGCUCAAAUCUGUGAACCUCCAUGCUCCAUGAACAUCAGCUACAAACCUGUGCAGGUCAUUUUAAAAUAUUAAACAUGCACAAAAAUA